GUUGUGCUUUUGUUGUUUGAUUUCCUCAUGAAUAUUAACAAUAAAAAAUAAAAAUCAAGAGAGGAAAAAGAAGCUACAACAGAAAAAAAAAUUCUGUUGCUCCAAAAUGUCUUUGAAAUGGACUUCAGUAUGUCUUCUGGUACAACUCAUGUGUUUUCUUACUCCUGGAAAGUCUGGGAAACUGCUGAUGUUACCCAUGGAGUAUAGCCAUUGGAUCAACGUCAAAAUCAUCCUGGAAGAGCUUGUGCAGAGAGGUCAUGAGGUGACUGUCCUAGCAUCUUCUGCUUCCAUUGCAGUGGAUUCCAGCAAAUCAUCUACUAUUAAAUUUGAGGUUUAUUCUACAUCUUUGGAUAAAAAUGACUUCGAAAAUGUUUUCAAAUAUUGGAUCAAUGAAUGGAUAUAUGAACUUCCAAAAUAUUCAUUUUGGAAAGCCUAUUCAGAAAUGCAAAGAACAUUCAUGCAUUUCUCUGAUGUCAAUGAAAGGCUCUGCAAAGAUGUCGUGUUCAACAAGAAACUUAUGGCAAAACUACAAAAAUCAAAAUUUGACGUGGUUCUAGCAGACCCUGUGGUUCCCUGCGGAGAGCUGCUGGCUGAUCUACUCGGCAUUCCUUUUGUGUACACGCUCCACUUCUUCCCUGGCUACACCUAUGAGAAGUACUGUGGUGGAAUUCCAGUCCCUCCUUCUUAUGUGCCCGUUCCUAUAUCGGGACUCACUGAUCGAAUGACAUUCUUGGAGAGGGUGAAAAAUAUGAUAUUUGUGAUGUUUUUUGACUUUGGAUUAGAAAUAUUUAAUGAGAAGAGGUGGAAUCAGUUUUACAGUGAAGUUCUAGGGAGACCCACUACAAUAUUUGAAGCAAUGAGCAAAGCUGAUAUAUGGCUCAUUCGAACUUACUGGGAUAUUGAAUUUCCUCGCCCACUCUUACCAAAUUUUGAAUUUAUAGGAGGAUUCCACUGCAAACCUGCCAAACCUCUGCCUAAGGAAAUGGAAGACUUUGUCCAGAGCUCUGGCGACGAGGGCGUUGUGGUGUUUUCUCUGGGGUCAAUGGUCAGUAACAUGACAGAAGAGAGGGCCAACGUGAUUGCAUUGGCGCUAGCACAGAUCCCACAAAAGGUUCUAUGGAGAUACGAGGGCAAGAUACCAUAUUCCUUGGGAUCCAACACUCGGCUGUACAAAUGGCUCCCACAGAAUGACCUUCUUGGUCAUCCAAAAACCAAGGCUUUCAUCACUCACGGUGGCACCAAUGGUGUCUACGAGGCCAUCUACCAUGGCGUGCCAAUGGUGGGCAUUCCUCUGUUUGCGGAUCAGCCUCAUAACAUUGAUCAAAUGAAAGCCAGGGGAGCAGCUAUAGGAUUGAACUUUAUCACAUUGUCAAGUAAAGAUCUUCUGGAUGCCUUGAAGACCGUCAUUAACAACCCUUCCUAUAAGCAGAAUGUAAUGAAGUUAUCAAGAAUUCACCACGAUCAGCCCGUGAAGCCCCUGGACCGAGCUGUCUUCUGGAUCGAGUUUGUCAUGCGCCACAAAGGAGCCAAGCACCUCCGCCCAGCCGUCCACGACCUCACCUGGCUCCAGUACCACUCUCUGGAUGUCAUUGGCUUCCUGCUGGCCUGCGUGGCCGCUGUCAUCUUCAUCUUCACACGAUGCUGCCUCUUUUGUUGCCGCAAGUUCACUCAAAGUGGAACAAAGAAGAAAAGGGACUAAUUGUGCCUAGUCCUGAAGCUGGAAGUCCUGUGAAUCCCAGCACAAAGAGGUUGUCCUUUCUAGAUAUAUUAUGACAACUUACUUUGCCACCUCAAAUGUUGUUUGCAAUUAUUCACUUUCUGUUUAAGACCUGAAUAUUUCAGUCCAAGGGGAAAAUGCUAAGAAAACAAAAAUAAGUCCAAAUAUAUGUAUUGUAAAAAUUGUGGGUGAAAAUCCUAAGUGGAUUCUCACAAAAUACCCUGAGCACACUGAGGUUACCAAAUUAUUUUUUGCUUUUUGUGCCAUUACUUGGGGCUUGACCUCAGGG